AUGAGUCUUAAUGAUAACACCUUAUCCACAAGACUGAAAGUACAUAUCCAAAUCAUUGGAACUGACCAAGUGCCUGAAGCUAUGUCAGCUACCCUCCAUCACCAGAUAAUAUACCGCUUACAAAAUCACUCGAUGGAUCUUCCUAUCUCAGGAUGCUCUUCAGAUUCACUAUUGGUUGUCACCAAUAGAGAAGAAGACACACCCUUCAUAGUCCAGAUUCCAAGAAAGAUCACAAGGGAAGAAUUAACUCAGCUAAUUCCCCUUGAAUGGAUAACCAACUAUGAGAGACUUUAUGUUGACAAAAGACCUAUCUAA